AUGUCAGACCAAUGUCGUUCGCCACCAUUCACCCCGCCACUAUUCGCCCCGCCGCCGUUCGCUGGCCCCGGCACUCACGGCGCUUUCGGCGACUUUGGCAUGCCGAACUUCCACGGCAACCUCGGCCACCCCGGCCACGCCGACCCCUUCCGUCCUCUCGUCGACCUGCAAGCCUUGAUGCAGCGUCAGAGACAGAUGGGUGCUCAGCUACAGCAAUUGCAGCAGCAGCAGGAGCAGCAGCAAAUGCAGCAACGCAUGCACCGCCGCCGCCAGGGCCGUCAGCAACAGCGACAGCAACGACAGCAAAAACAGCAGCCGCAGCAACAGCCACCUCGCCGGGCCCCUGCUACCGUCCCUGUUCCCGCCCCUGUUCCCCGCCGUGCCGAGAACGCCGAAGCCACCAAGACUAUCAAGACCGCCAAGCCUGGAAAGGCCGCCAGGAAAGUCAAGACUACCAGGUCCGGCAAGGCCGGCAAGGUCGUCGUUAAGAAGGAAGAGAUAUCCUACAAGGCCGGAAUGUUCUCUGUGAAGAAGGAAGUGGUGUCCGACGAGGCCGAUAUGGCCGUUGUGAAGAAGGAAGAGAUGUCCGACGAGGAGUUCUUUUCGGCCCGCGAGGACUGA